AUGAUUGAAAAUGUCUUGCUCCUCAUUCUGCAGCUGUUGAUCCUCACCAUCGGUGCAAAUGCUGCUGCCAAGCUUCUUUUCAAGGAACCAUUCACCAUGACACCGCCCAACGUUAUCUUUGCUCUCACCAUGAGCUGCUCUUGCACUUUAUUCCUGCUGGUCUUCGCCGAAAUUAUGGAUCUAUCGUCGAUCGCGACUCGGUGGCGUUAUUGGAAUAUCAAUCUCUAUGUGCUACUGUUCCUGGUGGUCAUACUCAUCCCAUGGUACCAGCUAUAUACGUUUUUGAGGCACACACGAGGUUGGAGACACAAGGUGGCAUUUUACUUUGCUUGCGUUGGAUGGAUGGUGUAUCUUUAUCUCUUUACACGUGUGACAACAGAUAAACCACUAUCAUGGUCAGAGCUUGCUAUCUUCCGUGUCAGCAUCGUAGGUGUUACCGUGACAUCCGUCCUCUCGGGUAUCGGUGUAGUUAACACGCCUUACAACACACUCGGCAUGUUUAAGAAACCAGUGAGCGAACGAGACUUACGUAACGCACAACAAGCAUAUGAACAAACCCAAAGAAUGCUUCAAGAUAAGAUUGAUACGCUCUCAAGGAUGACCCGCCAGGAACCACAGAAGCCAUCAUCGCUAGGUCGACUUUUCACAUUCCUUGGAUCAUCCAAACAAGAAUAUGAUCUAUUGGAGACCGAAAUCCAGCAGCUGGAGCAUUUGGUGGAAGACAUGAAAGCUGAUCUUAGCGAGUUGACCCGAGAACAUGCCAAGACGCAAUACUCAAUGACAUGGCGUGGGCGGUGCUGGAAUGUUAUCAGCCAUUUAUUUAGCCUAUACUGCAUUUAUAGGCUUGCAGUGACCACCUUCAACGUCAUUUUGCGUCGUGUUGGUACAACGGAUCCCAUCAGCAGGAUGCUUUCAGUGUUGAUCAGCCAUUUUGGAAUAUCAGAUACCGGUUACUGGUCUCAGCAAUUAAGCUUCUUUGCAGCAGGCAUCAUUUGUGCAGUCUCAGUACGAGGAUUUGUCAACCUGCUAUCCAAAGUCAUGCGUUCCUUCUCACGUCGUAUGACGGUAUCAAAGAUCAACAUUACGUUAUUCGUCGCGCACAUGAUGGGAAUGUACUUUUUAAGUUCAGUCUUGAUGAUGCAGAGCAAUCUACCACCUGAAUAUCGUCACUUUCUUACAUCAUCUCUCAAGGACAUCGAAUUUGACUACUUUAGGCAUUGGUCCGAUAUCAUCUUUGUCAUUUCAUGGCUGCUGGCAGCCACUGUUCUAUACGUUUUGCAUCAAACGAACGACGCUAGAAACCUUGCAACUGAUUUUGCCGAUAUCCAAUUAGAACAUGUAGCAUAG